AUGGAGACUGAUGCAGAGAGUUGGUGUUGGGGCUCUCCGGCCGUUUUGGGAUUCCACUUCGCCGCCAAGAUGCUGCCGGAGAAACUUCUGUUCCACGUGAAGCUGCUGUUCUGCAUGGUGGUAGUGGCCACCGAGGGUAAGAAGAAGAAAAAGAACCGCAAGGAUGCCGAUGAGCCAGAGACUGCAUCCCUCCUCGACCCGAGCUUCAACAUGUGCGAUAUCCAGACACCAGAGGUCAUCUACUGCUACUGUGACGUCCUCGAUAUGGACCAGGCUGAAGAAGGCAACUGUUGGAUCUUCAAUGACACGUCUGAGAACGAGUUUAUCUGGGAAGGAUUCGUGUCGCAGACGAAGAUCAAGAGGCUGACGCUACACCUGCGGCCUGACGGCACCCUCAAGACCAUCCCCACUAUCGCCAUCCAACACCUGCCCGGGAUAGAGAUGUUCGAGGUGCAGUACGCUACCUUCAAGACCGUCAAAGCCUUCAGUUUUGGCAACUCCACCACCCUCUCGAAAGUGUCGCUCUCCAGGAACUCGAUAGCCACCCUAGCACGCAACGCCUUCACCCACCUGCCCUCCCUGGACAUCCUCUCCUUGGGCGAGAACCACAUCACUGAGGUCAACCGCCACGUUUUCGUCGAUCUUCCCAAGCUCACUAAACUCUACAUGGACCGCAACAACAUAACCACUGUCCAUGAACGAGCCUUCCAGGGCCUCCACAACCUUAUUGAGCUUGAGCUGUUCUCUAACCAGAUUCAUGUGAUCACCCCAGACACCUUCAAGGGCCUGCGAUCCUUGGAACGCCUCGACCUCCACAAAAACCGCAUUGAAGUUAUCGGCGAUAAGACCUUCCGCGACCUCCAGUCCCUGCAAGUGUUGGAUCUGCAAGAGAACUCCCUCAAGUACAUCGCUCCUAAAGGCUUCAGCGGACUCGAAAAGUUGAGGCAGCUCAACCUCCAGGACAACAAGCUGCUGACACUGGGCCCUGAGGUAUUCAAGAUGGCCCCCAACAUCCAUCACCUGGACAUCCGCGCCAACGUGCUGGAGACUCUCACCCAGGAGACGAUGCAACCGCUCAUGGACAACCUCAACAACGACACUAUGCUCUUCUUCAUGGAAGGUGGACCAUGUUGUAUUGGAGGUCCCAUGAGCUUCAGGACCCGGGGGUGCACUCUUGACCUGCCCCCGGGAGCUUCAGAACCCGGGAGUGCAAUCUUGACCUGUCCCCGUGAGCUUCAGGACCCGGGGGUGCUCUCUUGA